GACUUCCAUCCAUUUUGUCAUAUGUGUGCAUGUUUACUUCCAAAACCAAAAACCAAACCAGAAAAAUUUCAAUUCAACACUAAAUGCCACCUAUAACCAUUAAUCAAAGAUCCUAUUCACCAACAACAACCACAGAUAAUAGAAACAAAUUGACCAAUCGUAGUAAUAACAUAGAUUUGGGCACCAUCUCUUCGCCGAAAUUCGUACUAACAUUGAUCACAAUGUUAACAUUCACUAUAUUUCUAAUGAUGUUUGGUGUGGUAUUUGGCCAGCAAACUGGUCAAAUACCGGCUAAUACUUCAUCAUCAGGUGCUGGCAAUCAUAAGAAUGAAACAUCAUCCUCAACAUCAUUGAAUCAUAAACCAUCCAUUUCCAAUAGCAAUAAUUAUGCUGCUAGUAUUUCACUGCUUACAUCCAUCAAUAACAACAAUAAACCUAAUUUGAAUCCAAAUUCGGAUAAACUUUAUAGUUUAGGUUCAAAAUCGGAUUCGAUAUCAGCACCGGUCUAUGGCUCGAAACAAUCGAUAGCGGAUAAUAAUAACGAGCAAAAUGGCCAACAACAGACGUACAGUCCAUAUCUGAUGCCAAUAAGUAAUUAUUACACUGGAAGUAGCUCGACGGUUAGUGCCACGAUUGCUAGAAGUCCUAGAUCACCUUACCAGUAUACUCAUUACAACUCACAGGCUGAAAAUAAUAUGCCUUCAUCGAUACAGGAUAAAAUGGUGAAAAGCAAUUCCAAUCACAACAAUAAUGGAACCAAUCAUGCCGAUGAUAACAUUGCUGCAACACAAGAACGUCUUAGCAAACAAUUGCAAAUGGCAUUACUGUACAAUCAAUUGCUGCAGUUGCAACAACAAUAUCGACCGUCAUUGUAUGGAUCGAAUGUCGGCUCUGGUCUGGCUGGAUAUAGUGGCUAUCAAUAUGGCUUUCCCAAUUCCAUUUCCUCACUAUACAAUUAUCUCGCUAAUGGACCCGAUAUGAAUUUGGAGUUGCUGCCCACAACAUCGGCAACCAGUGUCAAUCCAUCUGGCUAUGGCUCAGGUUAUGGCUCCGGCCUUGGUUCAGGCUAUGGCUCAAGUUCUGGAUCAACAAUGUCAAGUCUGUAUGGAGGAUCAGGAGGUAGUACUUUCGGAGGAUUUCCAUCAACCCUAUUCGGUUCUGGAUAUGGUAAUCAUAUGGGUAGUACUUUGUCUAGUUUAUAUGGAUCAGCUAUGCCAGCGGGCGCCGGUGGAGUCUUAUCCAGUUUAGCCGGUGGAUUAUCAUCGCUGACUGGUGGGAGUGGUGGGGCUGGUGGUAGUGGUGGGGCCGGUGGCGGCGGUGGAUUUGGUGUGCUGAACACAUUGGGCAUGUUAUUCGGUUGAUGAUGAGUGAAUAUUUUCCACCAUGAGACAAUCUGAUCUUCAAUCCGAUUCACGAUCGCUCAAAUAUAGAAAAAGAAAGUCAAGCGCAUC